AUGACCAUCCAGGACGCCACCUCCAGCAUCCCGAGCAAACGCAGCUCGUCGGCCUUAUCAAUGGCUCCUCGAAAAAAGGUCUCCUCAUCUGAUCCACUUGUCUUCCACGGACGCCACUUUGGUCGAACGGUAUUUGCGUUAUGCAACUACCCUUCCCUACUCACCAACGGUAUCUUGAGACUUGAGCAAAUGGAGGAUACCCCAUUAGAGGACUUUCCUGCUGAAGAGCAACGAGAACAUCGUGUCUUUGAGCAGCUCUUGGAUUCCUACCCCGGCCUUCUGGAGCGCUUGAAAGGUGGAUCUGAGGAAGAGAUCCUUCACGUAGGAGAGCUGGUCGGCAAGGGAGCCGCAGGCGCUAGAGGCGACGAUACAAAGACAUUGAAAUCUGCGAUCCUCGACUGGAUUUCCCCGAAAGGAGAAGCGAUACAGCCCCCUUUACACAGAAAUUCCAAGAUUGACCGUGGUUUUAAUCACGAACUUACGGGAUCACUGCUUUGUCCCGCUGGGUUGGAUUGGAAUGACCCCCAGACCAAAGAGAACCUCCGAAGUGGUGAGAUGCUUGUUUGUGGGGAUCAGUGGCCCAUCUUUUUGUACGCCCACCACAUCUAUGAUCCUGAAGAUCCAUGGUCCAGUCUUCUUAGGAGCCGCUUGCUGACAUGUGCCUAUAAGCAUGUCUUCACGUCUCCGAGUUCGGUUGACAAGGAGCCGAAGGCCACGCGAUCCGGGAAUGCUCGCCUCCACGGAAUGAACUCUGUCACCAUAGCCUCCAUAGCCUAUAUUGCCACUCAGGUGCGAUUCGCUCUCAGCUCAUCCUCAGUGUUCUCGCGGACCGACACAACCACAGACUCCGAGACGUUUUACCAUAGCCUUCUAGACCUCUUAGAAGACCCUGAGGAAUCCCAGGAAGUUGACGAGCUGCUGACCUGGUGGAAUCGUCAAAUUUUUCCUGCUUCCUCUGCCGCCAGAAGACCUAUCAGCGCCAACAGCGCCUUAUCCAAGAUCCGACAAAGGCGCAUUGCCCUCAAACGAGCUGCAGUUUUGGAUAACAUUCAUUCGUAG